AUGCCUCCUACUACAUCAGCGCUGAUGCGCCUCCCUCGCGUCGCCUCUCAGAUCUCUCCAACUGGCCUUACUAAGGCUUACCCGAAAUGCCGACAACAGAGCAUCGCCUCUCAGAGACGUGCAUUUGCUAAUUUGCCUCAACGAUCACGAACAACCCGGACGCCUCUUGCCAACUCUUUCUUCAAUGCUCAUGGCUUGCCCAAAGGAACCGCCCUCCGAUUCGUCUCAGGCACAACUCCUCCUUAUAAGCCCACUUCACGAAUCCUGCGUUUCGCAUACCGUAGCGCAGUAUGGCUCGGCAGCGGUGUCAUCUUCGUCGGCCUAGGUGUGGUAGGGUUCUUCAUCUACGACGCUUCGACAUACAAAGAACACCCCGAUCAAUUCGAGAUCAACGUAUCCGAGCUGGCGUUGAAUCCCAAGAAGGGUGGGCCCAAGAACCUGCCCAUUGCCGAAGUUUUGAUCGACGACCUGGAUACUGAAAAAAUGACGAGCGCAAAGAACAAGCCAAAGCUGGUUAUUCUGGGUGGCGGAUGGGGUGGCGUGGCCCUCCUCAAAGAGCUGAUUCCGGACGAAUACCACGUCACUGUUAUCUCGCCAACCAACUACUUUUUGUUUACGCCUAUGCUCCCGUCUGCCACCGUAGGAACACUAGAACUCCGAUCGCUCGUUGAACCGGUCCGUCGUAUUCUUUCCCGCGUCCACGGCCACUUCAUCUGCGCAAAGGCUGAGGACGUGGAGUUUUCACACAAGCUGAUCGAAUGCUCCCAAACCGACGCUCAUGGCAACGAGACCCGUUUCUACGUCCCUUAUGACAAGCUGGUUAUCGCUGUUGGAUCAACCACCAACCCCCACGGCGUCAAAGGACUAGAGAAUGCCCACUUUCUCAAGGACAUCAGUGAUGCGCGCAAGGUUCGGAACCAAGUCAUGCACAACCUCGAGCAAGCUUGCGUGCCGACAACCUCUGACGAAGAGCGCAAACGUCUCCUGUCCUUCGUUGUGAGCGGAGGUGGACCUACCGGUGUCGAGUUCGCGGCCGAGCUGUUCGACAUGCUCAACGAAGACUUGACACAGCAUUUCCCCAAGCUCCUCCGCAAUGAGAUUUCUGUCCACUUAAUCCAGAGCCGCAGCCAUAUCCUCAACACUUAUGACGAAGCUGUCUCCAAGUACGCUGAAGAGCACUUUGCCCGCGAUCAGGUUGACAUCCUUACAAACUCCCGCGUCAAAGAAGUCCUCCCCGACAAGAUUGUUUUUACCCAGAAGCAGCCUGAUGGAUCCCUCGUCACCAAGGAGCUCCCCAUGGGCUUCUGUCUCUGGUCAACUGGCGUCGCCCAGGCCGACCUGUGCAAGCGGCUGUCCGCCAAACUUGGCCCAUCACAGACAAACCGACACGCUCUCGAAACCGAUACCCACCUUCGCCUUAAUGGCACGCCUCUGGGCGACGUUUACGCCAUCGGCGACUGCUCAACGGUCCAGAACAAUGUAGCCGACCACAUCAUCACUUUCCUCCGCGGCGUCGCUUUCAAGCGCGGCAAGGAUCCUGAGACCCUAGAGCUGCACUUUAGCGACUGGCGCGACGUGGCCAACGACGUCAAGAAGCGCUUCCCUCAGGCCAUCAGCCAUCUGAAGCGUCUUGACAAACUGUUUGAGCAAUUUGACAAGGACCAGUCCGGCACCCUCGACUUUGGCGAGCUUAGAGAGCUGCUGAAGCAGAUCGAUUCCAAGCUCACAUCGUUGCCCGCUACGGCACAGCGCGCCCAUCAGCAAGGUCAGUAUCUUGCGCACAAGUUCAACAAGCUGGCACGCACCUCGGAUGGCCUUAAGGCGAAUAUGGUCUUUGACGGCGAUAUCGAUUCCGUCGUUUACAAGGCGUUUGAGUACCACCAUCUCGGCAGCCUAGCUUACAUUGGCAACUCGGCUGUUUUCGACUGGGGAGAAGGAUGGAAUUUCGCUGGCGGUCUGUGGGCUGUCUACAUGUGGCGGUCUGUUUAUUUUGCGCAGAGUGUUAGCUUACGCACACGUAUCCUACUUGCCAUGGACUGGGCCAAGCGUGGUCUUUUUGGAAGAGGUAAGUUACUAUUAUUCUACGCGCUAAAAGGCUCGGUUGCUAACAGUGGUUCAGAUUUGAUGAGUUACUAA